AUGUACUGAUAACAGAAUAACAACCAGUAUCAUGCAUUAUGCCUGAUUUGAUCAUGAGCAACAAUUUGUUAUAAAAGAUCAUUCUAAUGAGUAACUGAAUGGAGAAAAAGAGGGAUGUUCUAGAAUUAAGAGCACAUAAGCACUAGCAUAGAUAGCAAUUCUUCCCUCAAGAAAUAGAUAUAAUAUCUUGAAGGGACUGAAGAGAAUGAAGGUGUACCGUGUUAGUCGUGCCAUGUCUUGGAAGAAGAAUAUGGUUCUUAUGCUUGUAGGGCUUCAGUAUCUUGUGCAGUUUCAUAUAGUGAAAGUACAAUGUCAUGCAACCCACAAUGGUGAUUACGCCGUUGAUAGGGAAGGGUUAGGGGUCACAUAUAAGCAUUCUGUGAAGACUGUUCAAAAUGCUCGUGGGGAUAUCUUUGAUUGUGUUGAUAUCUACGAGCAACCUGCUUUGGAUCAUCCAUCUCUCAAGGAUCACAGAAUACAGAUGGCACCUAGCUCUUUUCCAGGAGGCCAGACUGAAGAAGGCGCAUCGAAAAUAUUUCCUCAUGAUAUAUUUCUGAAUGAAGAUUGCCCAAUAGGAACAAUUCCUAUAACGAGGUCUAGAAAGAAUGGGUCUUGCCUGACUAAUACUAGUAGCAGCAAGACUAUGGACGUUACUCAAGACAAAGUUUUAAAGCCUCUCGGCUCUUAUGAAGCACAAGUAAGGAUGAAAUCUGGUAGCUACUACGGAGCUGAAGCUACCUUGAACGUAUAUGGCCUGCCACAAGUAUCUGCAAAUCAUUUAAGCUCCAGCAUAAUUUGCAUCUUAAAUGAUGGUGAUGGAAGGGGAGAUGUAGAGAAAGACAACAGUAUAAUGGCUGGAUGGAUGAUCGAUGGUUUUCGGAACACAGGCUGUUAUGAUCACCUUUGUCCAGGAUUUGUGCAAGUUAAUCCUGGAAUUCCCCUGGGUGCUACUUUGGGUCCCCUUUCAGUGUAUGAUGGAACUCAGUACGCCAUUAGGCUCCUUGUAUUUAAGGAUCCAACCACUGGAGAUUGGUGGCUAGCAUUUGGAAAAAACAAAGAAGCAGUGGGCUACUGGCCAAAAUCCCUCUUCAACACUUUGAAUGAUCACGCUACUAAGGUUUAUUGGGGAGGUUUGGUUAAAAGUCCUAUCAAUGAACCUAGUGCUCCUAUGGGAAGUGGGCAUUUCGCAGCCGAAGGUUUAAGAAGAGCAUGCUACUCGGCGGAUCUCUAUCUUGUCGAUGGCUCAAAUGACUACAUGCGCAUUCCUGAAGACGAGGUUGAGUUUCGUCAUAGUGAUCCUGGAUGCUAUAGGACUACUGGGUAUCUUAUGAACAUGAAUUUCGGCUCCCAAGGUUUCCUUUUCGGUGGGCCCGGCAAUUGUGCAUUAAUGAUGAUUUAAUAGCACGUUAUGUUUUGUAUCUAUCUUAACAAAGUAACGAAAUCAUGUUGUAUCACGUUUGGGUAGGUAUUCAAAAUUCAUGGAGACUACCUAAUGUUGGUAAAAUUCCAAAAUAUCAGAUUGUAGAUUCUGAGGAGAAUUGCAAUUACAAGGAAAACCAAGUAAUUGAUGGGCUGAUGUGUAAGGUGCAGGUCCUAAUGUAUGAUAAGGAUUAAGGACAAUGUGAACAAUGACUGAAUCAUAAGAAGUAUCACCUGUGCACGUAACAUCA